GGGACGCCUGGGCCCGGCUGCUCCGCUGCUCGGGCAGCGCGUCCCGUGCCCGUGCGUCGGUCUCCCUGCCGCCCCGGCCCCCGCGCGCUUUCUUUGUGCGGUGCCCCUGGCCGGCCGGUGCCACCUCCAGGCCUCUCCCCUUGCCGCGGCCGCCGCCGGACUCUGCCCAGGGGAAUGGUCUGCGGGCCGAGAUUUUGGAGACAGGAAGUGAGGCUUGCGAGCCCCAUGAGCGCGCCGCGGUGCGGGCGCGGCUGCGGCGGCCGCGCGGCGGGCCCCCGGGAGGCGGGCCGCUGAGCUGGGCGCGCGGCCCCGAGGAUGCGGGAGCGGGAGCAGCUCUGCCACCCCGAGCCCUGAGUGCCCAUCACCUCUGGGGCUGAGACGCAGUCAGGAGACCGGAAAAGAGGAGUGGGAAUGAAAGCACUGGCGUGGAUGCUCCCUUCACCUGGCCCUUGGAGACUCAGUUGCGUUUUAAUGGAGGCAGCAGCUGCUGGGUGAGCAGCUGGAGACUGUACAGCGCUCCUCCUGGCAGGAGAGGAUCGCGCUCUUCCUCCGUCACCACCACUGCAUUGGUGGCGGUGCUUUUCCCUCUUUACCCCUCCACUCUCGAAGAGAGAAGAUGCCACUGCCAUUUGGAUUGAAACUAAAACGUACCCGGCGCUACACAGUGUCCAGUAAGAGCUGCCUGGUUGCCCGGAUCCAGCUGCUCAAUAACGAGUUUGUGGAGUUCACACUAUCUGUGGAGAGCACUGGCCAGGAGAGCCUGGAGGCGGUGGCCCAAAGACUGGAGCUGCGGGAGGUCACCUACUUCAGUCUCUGGUACUACAACAAGCAAAACCAGCGCCGGUGGGUAGAUUUGGAGAAACCCCUAAAGAAGCAGCUGGAUAAAUACGCGUUGGAACCGACCGUCUAUUUUGGAGUGGUUUUUUAUGUGCCUUCUGUCUCACAGCUGCAGCAGGAGAUUACCAGGUACCAGUAUUAUCUGCAGCUGAAGAAAGAUAUCUUGGAAGGAAACAUUCCUUGUACAUUAGAACAAGCAAUUCAGCUAGCAGGCUUAGCUGUUCAAGCUGAUUUUGGUGACUUCGAUCAGUAUGAAUCCCAGGACUUUCUUCAGAAAUUUGCCUUGUUUCCUGUGGGGUGGUUACAAGAUGAAAAAGUGUUGGAAGAGGCAACCCAAAAAGUGGCCUUACUGCAUCAGAAAUACAGAGGGCUCACGGCCCCUGAUGCUGAAAUGCUAUACAUGCAGGAGGCAGAGAGACUGGAUGGCUACGGAGAAGAGAGCUACCCUGCCAAGGAUAGCCAAGGCAGUGACAUAUCCAUCGGAGCAUGCCUUGAAGGUAUCUUUGUGAAACACAAGAAUGGAAGGCCUCCUGUGAUAUUUAGGUGGCAUGAUAUUGCGAACAUGUCCCAUAAUAAGUCCUUUUUUGCGUUAGAGCUGGCAAAUAAAGAGGAGACCAUCCAGUUUCAAACUGAAGACAUGGAAACAGCAAAGUAUGUGUGGAGACUCUGUGUUGCGCGGCACAAGUUUUACAGACUGAAUCAGUGUAGCCUGCAAACUCAGACCAUCACAGUGAACCCAGUCAGGAGGAGGUCUUCUUCCAGGAUGUCUCUGCCUAAACCCCAACCUUACGUGAUGCCUCCUCAGCCCCAGCUGCAUUACAAUGGACAUUAUACAGAGCCGUACACUUCUUCCCAAGAUAACCUCUUUGUGACCAACCAGAACGGAUACUAUUGUCACUCUCAGACAAGUUUGGAUCGGGCCCAGACUGACCUCAGUGGUCGGAUCCGAAACGGCAGCGUCUACAGUGCACACAGCACUAACUCCUUAAACAACCCUCAGCCCUACCUGCAGCCCUCACCCAUGUCCUCCAACCCCAGUAUUACUGGCAGCGACGUCAUGAGACCCGACUACGUCCCGUCUCAUCGGCACAGCGCCCUGAUACCCCCAUCCUACCGCCCGACCCCAGAUUACGAGACUGUGAUGAAGCAGCUCAACCGAGGAAUGGCGCACGCCCAGAGGCAGAGCCACUCGCUGCGGAACCUCAGCAUCGGCAACUCGUACGCUUACAGCAGGCCCGACGCGCUGGUCUACAGCCAGCCGGAGAUCCGGGAGCACGCCCUGUUUGCCUCCCCCCAGUCGGCCCACUGCCCGUUCAACCUGAAUUACAGCUUCCACAGCCAGUCUCCUUACCCCUACCCGGCGGAGCGGCGGCCCGUGGUGGGCGCUGUCAGCGUGCCCGAGCUGACCAACGUGCAGCUGCAGGCCCAGGACUACCCGGCCCCAAACAUCAUGAAGACGCAGGUGUACCGGCCGCCGCCGCCCUACCCGUGCCCGCGGCCCGCCAACAGCACGCCCGACCUGUCCCGCCAUCUGUACAUCAGCAGCAGCAACCCGGACCUCAUCACCAGGCGCGUCCACCACUCGGUGCAGACGUUCCAGGAGGACAGCCUGCCGGUGGCCCACUCCCUGCAGGAGGUCAGCGAGCCCCUGACGUCGGCGCGGCGCGCGCACGCGCACAAGAGGAACAGCGUGGAGCUCGCCGGGCUCGCGCACAGCUUUGAAGGCAUGAGGUUCAAGGAGAGGACCAUGUCGGCCUCGGCCGCAGACGUGGCGCCGCGGGCCGUGGCCGCGGGCUCCCAGCCAAGCGUUUUCAUCGACAGGACAAAGCGAGGAGAGACGGAGGAGCAGGGAGGCCCGAGAUACGGGCACAACAAGUCUCUGUCCGAGGCUACCAUGCUGAUACACAGCAGCGAGGAGGAGGACGACCUGGAGGAGGAGCACAGGGCACGGGCCGGGCUCUCCCCGCGGGCACGUGAGCCCCGGGCCGGCUACUCCCAGGAGCCGCAGCCCGGCUGCUCCUGCGCCCCGGUCCCCGCCGUCGGCCCGCUGCACAUCCUGGAGCCCAAGGCCCACGUCUCAGAGGCUGAGCGGAGGGCGAGGGAGGGCAGCCCGGUGCACAUGCUCGUGGAGGCCCAGCGGCCCCGGAGGGACGGGCUGCUGACGCCCUCCAUGUCCGAGUCCGACCUCACCACGUCGGGCAGGUACCGGGCCCGGAGGGAUUCUCUGAAGAAGAGGCCGGUGUCAGACCUCCUCUCGGGAAAGAAGAACAUCGUUGAAGGACUGCCGCCAUUAGGGGGAAUGAAAAAGAGCCGAGUAGAUGCAAAGAAAAUUGGCCCUCUCAAAUUGGCUGCCCUGAAUGGACUCUCCCUAUCUCGCUUGCCUCUGCCCGAUGAAGGAAAGGAAGUGCCUGCCAGAGCCACUAAUGAUGAGAGGUGUAAAAUUCUGGAACAGCGGUUAGAACAGGGAAUGGUAUUCACAGAAUAUGAAAGAAUUCUUAAAAAACGGCUAGUUGAUGGGGAGUGCUCAACAGCACGCCUCCCUGAAAAUGCAGAAAGAAAUCGAUUCCAAGAUGUCCUUCCCUAUGAUGAUGCCAGAGUGGAGUUGGUCCCAACCAAAGAAAACAAUACUGGCUACAUCAAUGCGUCUCAUAUUAAGGUCUCUGUCAGUGGAAUUGAAUGGGAUUAUAUUGCCACACAGGGACCAUUACAGAACACCUGUCAGGAUUUUUGGCAGAUGGUGUGGGAACAGGGAAUUGCGAUCAUAGCAAUGGUGACAGCAGAAGAGGAGGGUGGAAGGGAGAAGAGCUUCAGGUACUGGCCGCGGCUUGGCUCCAGGCACAACACCGUCACUUACGGAAGGUUUAAGAUCACCACCCGGUUCCGCACAGACUCCGGCUGCUACGCCACCACAGGCUUGAAGAUGAAGCACCUUCUCACGGGGCAGGAGAGGACAGUCUGGCAUCUGCAGUACACAGAUUGGCCUGGGCACGGCUGUCCAGAGGACCUCAAGGGCUUUUUAUCAUACCUUGAAGAGAUCCAGUCUGUUCGACGCCAUACCAAUAGCACAAGUGAACCCAAGAGCCCCAACCCUCCUCUACUGGUUCACUGCAGUGCUGGGGUGGGAAGGACUGGCGUCGUCAUUUUGUCAGAGAUCAUGAUCGCCUGUCUGGAACACAAUGAGGUGCUAGACAUCCCAAGGGUGCUGGACAUGCUGAGACAGCAGAGAAUGAUGAUGGUGCAGACGCUCUGCCAGUACACGUUUGUAUACAGAGUUCUCAUCCAGUUCCUGAAAAGCUCAAGGCUCAUAUAAGCUCCCACAGCUUCUCAUGGGGACCCGAUCAUGUGAAGCGUUUACAGCUAAGAAAAGUGCUUACCGUAUUCACGCUUUCUCCUCGACACUCAUCCACACAGAAGGCUGCAUUGGGAAGCGAAAAGGCGGCAUGAAUGGCGGCGCACUGAGGACGUAUGCAGAGCACAGGGCUGAAAACGGGACUUUUUACCUGGGAACGAUGCCGAAGCAGCAGCAAUUGGUGUCGAGGGCGUUGCCCUGCUCCGGUCGGUCCGAUUUGCACACAUUUUGGAGAUUGUAUUUUCCAGACAAUUCUGUAUUUUACUGAAGCUAUGCUGGGCAAUUCUGGCAAUCAUUAAGGCGCAUAGAUGUCUAUCUGAAACAAGUUUUUGAUAAUGAAAUUUUAUUUUAUGACUAAAAUAUUUGGGUUUUUCUUGUCGAGAAACUGAAAUUUUCUAUGGGGAUAGUCCACAGAUAUGAGUGGUUCCUUUAUAACUGUGUAUUUAAAACCAUGUUAUUAUCUUUUGUUAUUUUUU